AUGCAGCCUUCGCAUGAACAUCAGCUUCAGCUCCAGUCGAGCGACGGCGCCGUCAGUGACGAGAACCGCCGCGUACUCGAGUGGAUCGCCCAGAUGAUGAACCCUCAGACGCGCGAAGGCGCUCUCCUCGAGCUGAGUAAGAAGAGGGAACAGGUUCCCGAGUUGGCUCUGAUUCUGUGGCACUCGUUCGGCGUUAUGACUUCGCUUCUGCAAGAGAUCAUCUCAGUCUACCCUCUGUUGAACCCUUCGCAGCUGACCGCAGCUGCAUCCAACCGUGUUUGCAACGCUUUGGCUUUGCUUCAGUGUGUGGCCUCGCACGGCGAGACUCGUGGCCUCUUCCUGGGUGCUCACAUCCCGCUGUUCCUCUAUCCCUUCCUCAACACGACAUCCAAGUCAAGACCUUUCGAAUACCUGCGCCUUACUUCUCUCGGUGUUAUUGGCGCACUUGUCAAGAACGACAGUUCAGAGGUCAUCAACUUCCUUCUCACAACUGAGAUCAUCCCUCUCUGCUUGCGCAUCAUGGAAACAGGUAGCGAACUCAGCAAGACGGUCGCUAUCUUCAUCGUUCAGAAGAUCCUGCUCGAUGACCUCGGCCUGCAGUACAUCUGUCAGACUUACGAGCGAUUCUACGCUGUCGGAACUGUUCUUUCCAACAUGGUCAACCAGCUUGUUGAGCAGCAGACGGUGCGUCUGCUGAAGCAUGUCGUGAGAUGCUUCCUCCGUCUCAGUGAUAACGCUCGUGCUCGUGAAGCUCUCCGCCAAUGCUUGCCCGAGCCCCUUCGCGACGCCACCUUCUCUUCUGUCUUGCGUGAUGAUGCCGCCACUAAGCGUUGUCUGGCACAAUUGCUGCUGGCACUUUCGGACCAGGUUGUCGACCCUUCGCAGCAGACCCAGCCUACUCUUCUUCCCUGA